AUGGCCUGCGACAUCAUCAAGUUCUACAAAUGGGGCAUGUUUUUAUGCUUGGUGAUCGCGACAAUAGCCCUGUACCUGGCGUUCAAAUGCCCGUAUGCGACCAUUUGCCCUGCUGGCUUUGCAGCGAUGUUGAUCACUGGUAUAUUUGCAGCCUUAACAGGGAUCAUCAUGUUCUUCGUGAAGCGGUCGCUGAGUCAUGUUCGCAAGCUCUACAUUGACGACCUCACAGCGAAGAAGAUGACAGCAAAGACAGCGCAGUGUGGCAGCAUUGCGAGGAAGUGUCCUUGCUGGUCGCGCUGGCUUUUCUUCUUCACCAGCAUGGGGAUCAUCAUGGGUUUCAUGGUGGCUGUGCUUCUCUCCACAUGCCCGGAAGCCGGUGAUGCACUCUGGCAAGGGGUGCGGAAACACAGCCAUCUGCCGCGACUGUCGAGUUUUUUCAUGAUAUAA